UCUUCUGAAAUGGAAUUAAAAGUCUUACUUUUGAUUUUUUUGAGCUUAAGCCUCGUAAUUGACGAUUCCCAAGCUGCUUGCAACAAUUGUGGCGCAAAUUCAGGAGUUGCCUGCAUCAGUGAUGAUCAAUUCUAUCCCUGUUCGAACGGAAUUCCAAACACUUCUGUCAUCCAACGCUGUCCCGUAGGUCAAGUUUGCACGAAUAAAGCUGCAAUUUGUGUUCCUGCCGCUACUUCAGCGCCAAAUUGUCUUCUUUGCAACACUUGCACUGCUCAAAGGACCUUCACGUGUGUCAAUUUUAACACUUACGCGCCUUGUGUCAAUGGAACGAUCAUCGAUUGGCAAAUUUCCUGUCCUCAGGGGAUGAUUUGCAAUCCAGCGGGUCCAAAAGAGAAUCCUUGUACGACAAUGACGUGGCAACAAAUCCCCCGAUGCUCGAUGGGUGAAGAAAAUUUCAGUACAACGACAACUUCGACGACGCCAGCAACGACAGCGGUACCGAGCACGUGGUGCGGAGGUCAAUUAACGGUUGGAAAUUAUCCGAAUCCGAGCGAUUUGACGUGCAAAACGUAUUUAAAGUGUUACAAGUCGAAUGGCGUGAUGACGGGACAAAAAUACACAUGUCCAGGAACCACUUUUUUCAAUCCGACGUCGAAAAUGUGCGAAGUUGGGUAUGUUUGUGCAGCGUGACGCAAUGCAUUCCUCGAACGCGCCUUAUCUAAGACCUCUUAUUUGUCUAAAGAUUUCAAUUAAACGGCAAGAUAACACGAAACUGCAAAGAAUUCGUCUUUAG